AUGGGUCAGAACCAUCUUCAAAAGGUGGCACAGGCCUGGCAAGUUACAGUAGAGACUAUUAACAAGCACCUGAGGAAGGCACAUUUUACAACUGCAUCUAAUAUGGACAUUUCCUUUACUGAUAAUGGAGAUGUACCAGGUCACUAUGACAUAAUAAACUGGAUCCCAUCUGGCAUACAAGAAGAACUGGCCCCUCACCAAGUUGGAAACUUUACCUCCCUAGCUCCUGUGGGCAGACAACUUAUUUUAAAUGACAGUGAAAUCUCUUGGAGUCCUAAACUUGGAGCAAUGCCUAAAUCAGUUUGCAAUGAACCCUGUGAACUUGGAUACAGAAAAGCUACUCAGAAGGGAUUUCAUAGCUGCUGCUAUAUUUGUGUGCCAUGUGCAGAGGGAGAGAUCUCCAACACAACAGAUGCAGAAACCUGUAUAAAAUGUCCAGAAGAUCGAUGGAUGAAUGAUAAGAGAACUAUGUGCAUCCUAAAGACUGUGGAAUUCCUAUCAUUUGAGGACACAUUAGGAAAAGUCUUAAGUUCAGUCUCCAUCUUCUCCUGUACUGUCACUUUAGCUGUUUUGGGGAUUUUCAUUAAGAAUCACAAAACCUCUGUAGUAAAAGCCAACAACCAGAACCUCAGCUACACUCUUCUCCUCUCCCUCAUGUUGUCCUUCCUCUGCUCCUUAUUGUUUAUUGGACGUCCUGUGGAGGUGACCUGCCUACUCAGACAAGCUGCCAUUGGAAUAAUUAUUGCUGUUUCUAUCUCCUCUGUUCUGGCAAAAUCAAUCACUGUUGUUAUUGCCUUUAAUGCGACUAAACCUGAUAGCAAGAUAAAGAAGUGGAUUGGAUCCCGAGUGUCCAUCUGUCUGGUCAUUGCCUGCUCUCAAGGGCAGGUUGUGGUCUGCAUGCUGUGGUUGGCUCUUAACCCACCAUAUCCAGACUAUGACACUCACUCUUACAUUGGGAAAAUUAUAUUACAGUGUAACGAGGGCUCUCUCGCUGCAUUCUACCUUGUGAUAGGUUACAUAGGAUUCCUUUCUGUGGUCAGUUUCAUUGUGGCAUUCUUGGUUAGAAAGUUACCUGCUAGGUUCAAUGAGGCCCAGAUGAUUACGUUCAGCAUGCUGGUGUUCUGUACUGUUUGGAUCUCUUUCAUUCCAGCGUACCUGAGCACCAAGGGCAAAUAUGUGGUAGCUGUAGAGAUAUUUGCUAUCCUGGCCUCUAGUGCAGGACUGCUGGUCUGUAUAUUUAUUCCCAAGUGCUACAUUAUAUUAUUUAAGCCUGAACUGAACACCAGGGUACAUAUGCUAAGUAAGCAUUGAUUUGUAGAUCUAUUUUAUGUCUUGAAUAUUAGAAAUAUACUUGUCGUCGUCCAUUUAUUGUAUGUUGAUAUGGAGACAUUUGUUUGCAAUGUUUUGACAUUUAAAUAUUUAUUGAGUAGUAAAAUAAACCAAAUAAGAAAUAACAA